AUGCUCUUUACAAAGGAAAGGCACCGACAUGUAGUGGUUGCUACGAUUUUUUGUCACAUCAUUGCAUUGUUACUGUUUAGUGGAGAUGAAACAAUCCACUGGUGUAGAAGAGGAUGUGAUCUUCUUCAGCGAACUAGGAAUGGGAGAGUCCUUCAGGAGGGUCAAGUUGGCAGUUUACCAAAUGAAUUACACAAUUAUAGUAAAACGAAUUUGAAAAUUCCAAGUUUUGCUCAGAUGAAACUGAAAGACAGUCACGAUAGGAAGAUCAGGAGAGGGGGGGUCACUCCGGAGGGGAAUUACCACAUCCCUAAUUGCGAAGACACAGAUGCAAGUUCAAAUUUUUUAAAAAAAUUCUAUAGGUCAAUUAAAGCCCUCGUAGGAAUUACAUCACAUGAUACAAGCUGGUGUUUAAAGUAUGAGAAGUUCAGAAGGUUUAAACAGCACUUUGCAUACAUGGUACAGAGUAACCUAUCCGUUGGGAAGACGCGCGUUUGCCUAAUUGACACAGGAGUUGAUCUGCAGGAUAAGAAUUAUGAUGGGGGUUCCCCAAGUUGGGCAUAUCCAAAGGGGAGAGGCACCCAGUAUGAUGGAAUAAACACUGAAAGGUGUAACGAGAAAAAUUAUGACAGCUGCCAAUCCAGCGAUGUCGAUGACGUAGACAUGCAUGGGACGUUUAUCGCCAACACUGUAAUUAGGAGGGAUUUAUUGAUAAAGAGAGGAACAUAUAAAAGGGGCGUCGAACUUAUUGUGUGCAAAGCGUUUGGCGACACGGAGAAGACGAACUCGAAUUUGAUGCCGCUCAUCAAAUGUUUGGAAUAUUGCAAAGAGAGGGAUGCCAAAGUGAUCCAUGUCGGGUAUAAUGUGCAAGAGGAGAGCGAAAAAUUGGUGGAGGUGAUGAAGGAUUUGGAGCAGGCCCAAAUUGUUGUGGUGUCCCCAUCUCUGCAGGUAUAUGCUGCUGAACGGGGGGAGGCACACGCAAAAAAGGAGAAUGGAGAGGAGCCUUCAACACAUAAAAUGUACCCCUCGUCGUUCGCGGACACUUUUGAAAACGUCUUUUCCGUAGGUGCGCUGCGGAACUCUCCCCAGGGAGGGCUGGUCCCCAUUUUGGAUAACGCCAACCUACCAACGGGGGAAAAACAAAAAAGGGAGCAAUUACAUAAGAGGGAAAAUACAACUCUGUUUAGCUUGUCAUAUGGUAAGGUUUUUCCAUUUGGGAGGAGCCCCUCCUCGAUGGUGGAAGAUGGACAAGGGUAUGCAUCGGCCGAUUUUGUAAACACCCUCGUGAUGAUUUUUAAUGUUAACCCUGAGUUGUCUGUGAAGAGAAUGAGGCUCAUUUUGGAAAGAUCCAUCGUGCGGAGGAGUGAACUGAAGGGGCUGUCCAAGUGGGGUGGCUAUAUCGACCUCUUCAAGGUGAUUGGCGCGACGUUAAAGGAGAGGAAUCAACUUUGUAAAACGUUUUUUCGAGAGUUGUCCGGAGGUGGGUUGCCCACAG